GCGAGAGCACUCAUCCGUUUUAGACGUAUAAUUAAUUCACAAUUUAUAUUCAUCCGAGCAUUCCUCAAUAUAUUGAUAAUCAUGCAUUUUGUUCAAAUAUAUUUUAUGAGUUUGAUUUAAUAUUCCCCACAUAGCGAUAAUAUAAUUUUUCAAGUUAAAAUCGAGUGUAAAAAUCUACCAAUUCUGUGAGAAGUGCCCAGCUUGUCCACCGGGAUUUUUUGCAUUUACUGAUACAGAAAACUGUGUUUCACAUCGAUACUUGUCGGAAAUUCGGCCGGCACCGAAACAAAAAGACUUUCAAACCGCAAUGGCAGUCGAACAGCAUCAUGAUAAAUCUUGAAAAAAACAAAGCAGUUUGUAAUUUUUGUUAAAGUCAACGUGAAUAUUUUUUUUCGCUUAUUGAGUUCUUCAGCAACGAAAACAUCUAUAAAAAUGUCGACAUUUUCCAAGACAGAUAAAUUAAAAGGGGGUGAUCGAGGCCGCAAGCCCUCCCGAGGUGGCCAUCACGGUGAAUCCAACAAUCGUUCAGACCUCCGGAGACUCUUUCGAAAUCAUGGAGCAGGAGGAGAUUCACAUCGUGGACCCUCUCCAUGUAGCAGUCACGGAGGCGCCAGCAGUCAUUCAGAGCACCAGAGCUCCUCUCGAGGCGGUCGAGCUAGAGGUCGAGGACGUGGACUUCGGUUGAGAAGCUAUGAUACUACUCGAUAUGGUGGCAGGGCUCGUGUUUAUGGACGAAGAGAACGCUACUUCCACCUUGAUCCAAUGGUCCAGAGAAGCAUUAAUAGUCUCUUGUCGCUAUCAAAAACUCCUUACCCCCGGGAAUCCGACUCAAACGAUCCAGACUCAAACGACCAAGAGGCUGCUGACUCUGAGGACAAAUACAGCCACAUCGAAGAUUCGAAAUUCAAACGAGAAUUCCUUGAUAUUGUUUCCGGAAGUUUUCAAGAGAAUCUGUUGAGAUCUUUAUCAAUGAGCUGCAAGCUCAUUCAAAAUGAUAGAUUGAAUAAAAAAUUGAAAGAUGAGCAAUGUAAGAGAGAAUCCCUCGACAACUAUAAAGAAAUGCAAGAGUUUCGUGCGAAAUUGCCUUCUUACAAAAUGAAAGAUGAAAUCCUUGAUCUCAUUCGUGGGAAUCAAGUUGUGGUAAUCAGCGGAGAGACAGGCUGCGGAAAAACAACACAAGUAGCUCAAUUCAUCCUCGAUGACGAGAUUAAACAAGGUAGAGGAAGUACAACAAAAAUUGUCUGCACACAACCACGAAGGAUCUCUGCAAUUUCCGUUGCUGAGAGAGUCGCAGCAGAGCGUGCAGAGACUCUCGGAAGAUCAGUGGGUUAUCAAAUACGAUUGGAGAGGAUAGUCUCCAGGGAUUAUGGUAGCAUGCUCUUCUGCACAACUGGACUGCUCCUUCAGUACAUGAGGAGUGAUCCUGCAUUGCGUGAUUUCUCUCACAUAAUACUUGACGAAAUUCAUGAACGAAGUACAGACAGCGAUUUAAUCAUCACACUUUUGAAGCAGAUCAUUCCGAAGAGACCAGACCUUAAAGUUGUCUUAAUGAGCGCCACUCUAAACUCUGAAACAUUUGCUCAUUAUUACGACGAUUGUCCUAAUAUUCACAUCCCAGGAUUUAUUUAUCCAGUGGAGGAGUUUUAUCUCGAGGACAUCCUGGUGCUGCUAGCAGAUUUUCGAUUCCCUUCAUCAGAGGGCCGAAAUAAUUUAAGGAAAUUCCUUAAAUCGAAUGAGAAGUCUAAGACUUUCACGGAUUUCAUCGAACCCACUGUAAAGCAAAUGGAGGCUGAAAGAUCAUACCCUUUGCGCGUCAUUAAUGAACUCAAAAAUUGGAAAAGUGAAGACUUGAACCUAGAACUUAUAGAAGAGCUUUUGGUGUGGAUUUCUGCUUCGAAAGGACCAGGAGCCAUUCUUGUCUUUCUACCAGGCAUGCUGGACAUUUCAAAUCUAAACGGACGGCUUCUAAAUGCAGAGCAAUUCCCCGCCGAUAAAUUCCACAUUUAUCCUCUACAUUCAAAGCUCCCAACAGUUGAUCAGAAAUUGAUUUUUGAGACUCCUAUUGAGGGCGUGAGGAAAAUAAUCCUCGCCACAUCAAUUGCUGAGACGUCUAUCACAAUCGAAGAUGUUGUUUAUGUCGUGGAUUGUGGGAGAAGUAAAUUAACGCGAUUCGAUCUUGGCAGCAAGCUUGAGACUCUCGAAUCUGAGUGGGAAUGCAUUGCAAAUGCUAAGCAACGAAAGGGUCGAGCUGGGAGAGUUCAGCCUGGUGAAGUUUACAGAUUAUACACCAGAGUUAGAGAACAGACGUUCAAGCAAUUCCCACCCCCAGAGAUAUUAAGAACCCCUCUGGAGCAAGUCAUAUUACAAGUGAAAAUGCUACAACUUGGAAAAGCCGAAGUUUUCCUGGGAAGACUCAUGGAUCCCCCAGAGGAUAAGGCAAUUCAUCUGGCACUUGAUUUAUUGAGAAGUUUAAACGCCCUUGAUAGUGAUGAGAACUUGACUCCACUCGGUUAUCAUCUUGCGAAACUACCUCUGGAUCCUCGAACUGGGAAAAUGAUUUUGUUGGCGUCCUUUUUCUCCUGUGUGGACCCGGUCUUCGGGAUCGCAGCGAGUCUAGCAUUCAAGGAACCUUUCCUCUGUCCUCUUAAUAAGGAGGAAGAGGCGAAGAAGGCGAAAUUCAAUCUUGGUGUGGACAAAUACAGUGAUCACAUUGCUCUUGCAGAAGCUUUGAGGCAAUACGAGAGAGCUUUACGAAAGAGGGCAGCUGGAGAUUUUUGCCAUGAUAAUUUUUUAUCGCGGAAUACUCUGAAGUUAUUGAUUGAUAUGAAGAGACAAUUUGCGGGCCAUCUGCAUGAGAUGAAGUUUCUGGAGAGUGACAACCCGAAAGACGCAAGUGCCAACAGAAAUUCCCACAACACGGCGAUGGUCAAAGCAAUUAUUUGCGCAGCACUAUAUCCGAAUGUGGCGAUCGUAGACGCAGAAUGGCGGGGGCCUGACGGGGUCCUGCUAAAUGUGAAAACAUCUGAGGAUGGACCCGUGAGAAUUCAUCCUCGCAGUAUUAAUUCAAAGAUAACGCAAUUACCGUCGCCAUAUGUGACGUACUUCCUGAAACAAAAGUCCGGUGCUAUUUUCUUACACGACACAACUUUUGUUAGUGAAGCAGCACUGAUUUUAGCGGCACCAGAGUGCACCGUAAGACCUCAAGGUCAGAGAUCUCAGAUCAUUUUGGGUGAAUCCUUGUCAUUUCCCUGCAACCAGUCAACAGGUAGGAUGAUUCAGAGACUCCGAGAAGAAAUGCAUAAAGUGCUGGAGCAUAAAAUCACUCAUCCUGGGGCUAUCAAGUGGCAAACGCAAGAGGAUCGUGUUAUCGGAGCCAUCAUUGAGCUUGUGUCUGAGACCGAUUUCAGUAGAUAUUGCCGUAGUUGGGACUAUAGGUUUUGAUAAUUUGAUUUUACUGAUUUGUUUUGCUAUCAUUAGCGGAUGCUUAUUUCCACAGUUCCGCGUCUUUUUUUAAUAAUUGAGAAUAAUUGAUGAUUUAGUAAUCGAUAAUAAGGAGUGCAAGGAUAGUGUGGCGUCGGCGAGCUUUGUAGUUGGGCUACUGGAGAGUCUCUCAUCGCGGUUACUUCUUCGAUGGGCUACCAUAGGAAAGAAUUAAGAGAAAGAAAAUGAUUGAAACUUUAUUGAUGCCGUUGACAUAAUGAAUAAUUCGUUGUUAGGUGCCGCAUUAUGUUUUUUAUCUUAUCUCCAGGAUAAAAGAGCAAUCGUACUCUGUUCA